AUGCCGAAAAAUAGUCACCACCAUCGUUCCAGUUCGGUAAAUUCCACAAAGAAUCGUUCUACGGAAUCUACGACUAAAUGGAAAAUUCCGCACUAUUAUCGCAGAUCUACUAGUGGUAGUACGCAAGCUUCGCCGGACAGGAAUUCUUCCUCAACUGGUGUAUGUAGCACUCCAGUGUUACCUACUAUGAAUGUUAUGUCCAGCCCGAAAAAGGUUCUAUUGGAGGAUUCCAGGGACAACAAUGCAAAAUCAAAGAAGACUAGUAGAAGGAGAUCAGGCGAAAUGGUCUUUGUCAAUUAUACUGUACAAGAUACGGUUAAUGAAGAUGAUACUGAGUUGCAAACCAAACCACUUUCCGUUCCAACACCUAAAGCGAAGUUGAAGAAGAAAUCUUCUAAGAGGAGAAUGCUGAAAAUAUUUGGAUCGUCAAAGAGCGAGCAUAUAGAAGAUAUUGUCGAAGAGCAACCAAUGGUGCUACAGCUGGAUUCAGAAAAUCAGCCUCUAUCGGGCAUCUCUGUUUCAGGAGGUGCGCUUGAUAACUCAUUAUUAACUACCAAAAGAUCUUACAACUCUUUCUUGAAGCAUAACAAGCUUCACGGUAAGGCCUCUUUCUCCAGCAGCUUGUCCUUCCCAUCAUUAAACAUGAUGGGCAGCACUAGCGAUAUGUCCUUUGAUAAUAAUGAUUUUGGUUCCGAAAAAGAAGUCGUUCCGAAAUCAACCCAUGAUCCUUCAUUAGCCAAGCCCCCAUCAAGAUUUACGGAAAGUGAAAGAAACACUACCUCCAAUUUAUCAAGUAUACCUCUCAUGAACACGAAAAAUACAAGAUUGAAGUAUAGUAAAACAGUACCUCAAAGCUUUGACCGACAAAGAUUACAAGAAAGUGGGUUAUAUCACUCUACUGAAUCUUUCAACCUCAAAGAUCAAAGUGGUAGUAACAAUAGGUCAUCCCUAAGUCUGAAUUCAGAUUUAGGGACCCCACACUCUACAAAGCAUUCACCUGAUUCACCAAGAACGUCGAGGUCCUUCAACUGCGGAGAUUCACAAAGUGGAGUAAAAGUACCGGAGGAAAAUGAUGCUUCUAUUGCAUUUAGUAAAAUGUUUACUAGAAAACGAGCCAACACUGGCGGGUCCACGUGUUCGCUAGCCUCACCCACGAUUGCACAAACUAUUCAGCAAUCAAAUAUAAAAGUUAAUAAAUUGCCAACUCAAAGAACAACUUCAGUCGGCUCAUUAUCAUCCAUGUCAAAUCGUUAUUCCCCAAUAAGGGUUGCAUCCCCUGGAAGAGCAAGAUCCGGAACACGCGGAUCCUCUCUUUAUAGAUUAUCAAGAGACCUAAACUCUUUACCAAGUGUGACUGAUCUACCCGAAAUGGAUAGUACAACCCCGGUUAACGAAAUGUUCCUAGAUGGUCAACCUCAGCAUAAGAAUGGAAGCUCUAAAGUAGGACAUAAAAAGAAACAAGAAUCUAUCUCUGAUGCCCAAAGAAAUCAAAAUUCAAAUUCGUACAUCACAACACCAUCAUCUUCUCUUGUGACACCGCCAUACUACAUGACAGGCUAUACGUUACCAAGUUCAGCUUCAGCGUCUUCAACUCCAAAUGUUCUUGAUACUAGUAGCAUGAAUUUUAUUUCAAGUGCCAAUACAGUUACAAGUUCUCGCCCCUCCAGUAAUUUAUCCUCUUUUGAAAAAGAAUAUGGCAACGAAAAUGACGCCACUGGAGAAUUAUCUGCACUGAAUACACCAAUGGAGAGUAUACCGGCAUUAAAAGGUAUACCUAGAUCCACUUUAGAAGAAAAUGAGGAAGAAGAUGUGCUAGUUCAAGAUACUCCAAAUACUACUCAUUUUCAAAGAAGGGAUAUGAUUGGAAUGGACACUCAUAGGAAGGAUGAUAGCUUAGACCUUAACUCGUUGAUGCCACACGGCAGUACAACUAGCAGCAGCAUCGUAGACUCAGUAAUGACAAACUCAAUGUCCACCACAACAAGCAAUGCGACCGGAAAUUACUUUCAAGAUCAAGAUAAAUAUACAUUGGUGAAUACAGGACUGGGACUAAGUGAUGCAAAUCUCGACCAUUUUAUUAGAUCUCAAUUGAAGCAUGCCUCUCGAUCCGAAUCUAAUAAUAUUGGCAAUCGCGUUGCAUACGGUGGCUCAGUACCAAACAAUACUGAUACGACUAAGGCUAAUCUGCAAGUAUAUACCGAGUUUGAUUUUGAGAAUCCAGAGUCUUUUUUCCAUGAGCAAUCAAAAUUACUGGAUAAAAUGGGCCGCGGCAGUAAUAACAAUAAUAGUGCUAUUCAAAUGAAUGAACCGAAGUCGGCUGAUACAUACAUUGGAACUAUAUCUCCAGAUACAUCAGCAACUGUUUCGUUAGGAGACUUGAUUGGUUCAAACGUUUCAAACAAUAUUGAAAGAAAUUUUUACGAUGGUCACACUUUUGGACCGCAGUAUCAAGCGAACUCAUCCGUGGACAAUCCAAGUAGCCAAAAUCCAGCACCGAUUACAAACAACGACAUUGACAAUUUACAGUCUUUUUACUUCGAUAAUAGCAACUAA